CGACCUCCCUGCGGCCUUCCCCCCAUGUGAGGAGCCGCGGGGCGAGCGGGGUGCGGGAGGAAGAGGAGGACCCACGGGCUCCGGGCCGGAAGGCAGCUGGCGGCAGGCCCAGGCGAGCGGGCACCCGCGUUCAUGUUCCGCCAGGAGAAGCCGCUGGCCGAGGGCAGCUUUGCGCCCAUGGGCUCCCUGCAGCCGGACGCUGGCAACGCCACCUGGAAUGGGACCGAGGAGCCGGGGGGCGGUGCGCGGGCCACCCCCUACUCUUUGCAGGUGACGCUGACUCUCGUGUGCCUGGCCGGCCUCCUCAUGCUGCUCACGGUGUUCGGCAACGUGCUGGUCAUCAUCGCCGUGUUCACAAGCCGCGCGCUCAAGGCGCCCCAGAACCUCUUUCUGGUGUCUCUGGCCUCGGCCGACAUCCUGGUGGCCACGCUCGUCAUCCCUUUCUCGCUGGCCAACGAGGUCAUGGGCUACUGGUACUUCGGCAAGGCGUGGUGCGAGAUCUACCUGGCGCUCGACGUGCUCUUCUGCACCUCGUCCAUCGUGCACCUGUGCGCUAUCAGCCUGGAUCGCUACUGGUCCAUCACGCAGGCCAUCGAGUACAACCUGAAGCGCACGCCGCGCCGCAUCAAGGCCAUCAUCGUCACCGUGUGGGUCAUCUCGGCCGUCAUCUCCUUCCCGCCGCUCAUCUCCAUCGAGAAGAAGGGCGGCGGCGACCAGCAGCAGGCAGAGCCGCGCUGCGAGAUCAACGACCAGAAGUGGUACGUCAUCUCGUCCUCCAUCGGCUCCUUCUUCGCGCCCUGCCUCAUCAUGAUCCUGGUCUACGUGCGCAUCUACCAGAUCGCCAAGCGCCGCACCCGCGUGCCGCCCAGCCGCCGGGGCCCUGAUGCCGCGCCGCAGGGCAGCGCCGCCGAGCGCAGGCCCAACGGCCUGGGCCCCGAGCGCGGCGUGGGGCCCGCGGGGCCAGUAGGCACCGAGGACGAGCCGCUGCCCGCGCAGCUUAACGGCGCCCCCGGGGAGCCCGCACCGGCCGGGCCGCGCGACACCGACGCGCUGGACCUGGAGGAGAGCUCGUCGUCGGAGCACGCGGAGCGGCCCCCGGGACCUCGCAGGUCCGACCACGGCCCGCGGGCCAAGGGCCAGGCCCGGGAGAGCCAGCUGAGGCCCGGGGACAGCCUGCCGCGGCGCGGGCCGGGGGCGCCCGGGCCCGGGGCGCCGGCGUGCGGGCCGGCGGAGGAGCAGCGCGGCGGGGGCGCCAAGGCGUCGCGCUGGCGCGGGCGGCAGAACCGGGAGAAGCGCUUCACGUUCGUGCUGGCCGUGGUCAUCGGCGUGUUCGUGGUGUGCUGGUUCCCCUUCUUCUUCACCUACACGCUCACGGCCGUCGGCUGCCCCGUGCCGCGCACGCUCUUCAAGUUCUUCUUCUGGUUCGGCUACUGCAACAGCUCGCUGAACCCGGUCAUCUACACCAUCUUCAACCACGACUUCCGCCGCGCCUUCAAGAAGAUCCUCUGCCGCGGGGACAGGAAGCGGAUCGUGUGAGCGCCGAGUCCGCCCCCACCCCCACCCACGGACGGGCUCGCGCGCGGGCCGCCGCGGGGGUCGGAGGGCGCGUCUACGCGGUCCCGCGUUUCCCGGCCCCGUCGUUGCCCCGCGGCCUCCUUGGAGCCGCUCUUCCCUGCCGGGGAGGAGGGCCGGCGGGCAGGGCCACACCCCCCCGUUACCGUCGGGGCCUCUUGGGAUCCCCAGCGGUCUUCCAGAGCUCCCGGGCCGCCCCCAUCAGUGUUGUUUCCUGAAGGAAUUUGCACCUCCCCCGGGCCCGGAGCGUUUCAGAGCAGCUGCCGAGCCCCAGCCGGCGUGGCUCGCGAAGGGUUAACGGAAGGGGUUACCCGCCGGGCCCGGCCGGCUGCCCUUCCCUCCCCGCAACUCUAGUUUUAAACGAAGCUCAGGGCAGCGCAGCCCGCCCUCUCACCCCGCACUGUACAUAUGCACUGUUUUCGAUAGUCCUUGUCGGAUGGGGGAGGGGUCCCUCGUGUCCCUUGGCGCUGGUCGUCGGAACCCCGGCUGUCGGGGAUGCCCUGCAGGCGGACGCCGGGUGUCCGGUUCGGCCCAGUCCCUCUGCGAUGCCAGCCCCUUCCCUGUGUCAUCCCUGCGCCCUCUGUGUCCUGUUCACCAGCAACUGGUGACUGUUCCUUUGGGCCUGGGCCUGCUUGAGACUUCCUGAGGCCGGAAAGAUUUGCCCGUUUUUCUCCUGUGCCUAACAGCACAAUUGCCUUUUCCUUUGUAAAUAUUGCAGUGAUGGAGCAAGGCAGAAGUAAUGAACCUUUCCGCCCUGCAUCAGCCCGUGUACAAAGCCAUGAUCCCCCAUGUACCCUGGCCCCCCCCCCCCGGCGACUCACUUGAACACCUCCUCUUUCUGGUGUCCCUUCCUUCCCUUCUUUUCUCCCCGGCCACUGCUCGAAGACUAUGUAUGUUCCUAUUUGAUGUGUAUGUACGUGUGCCUCUCUGUCUCCUGGAGUGCUGACUGUGGGGAAAUCUUUCAGCUGCUGUUUUUAGACCCAGAGAAGUGUAAAUUAUGUGGAAGAGGCAAACCUGGUACGAUUUGCCCAAGGUAAACAGAUUGCAAGGACAGAUGGGCCUGCCAAACUGGACAGUUCUUGCCCCAAGAGCUCUUAGGUAUCAAAGUGUUGUCCUCCCCCCACCUCUGUUGUUCUGGCUGCGAUCCUGUCACCGAUGAAUUCCCAAAGUCGACGGAGGAGGGCGGAGACCUCGUGUUUACAUCGAGUUUCUACACAUUGCAGACAGAGACUCUUUCAGGCCUGCGCUCUUAUUUUACUAAAGAAAAAUUAAUGGCAGCACAUGUUGCUAAUGACAAUGGAUUUUUUAAUAUAAAAAGUUUACAGAUCAAAUGUAAAAUAAAUAUGAAUUAAAUGGC